CUUAUCUGGCAACCCGCGCUCAGCUGACGGCUUAGUGAAAAAGAGGAAAGAAGAUGGAAGGAAACCGAGACGAAGCAGAAAAAUGUAUUAAAAUAGCGACGAAGGCCCUCGAAGCCGGAGACAAACAGAAAGCUGUGAAGUUUCUCAGCAAAGCAGAGAAGUUGUAUCCAACGGAGAGAGCCAAAGCUUUGCUCGAAGCUUUAACAAAGAAUGGGAGCUCUGCCAGUAAUGGUGCACGUCACAGGAAACCAGCAGAAUGCUCAGAAGCUAAUGGUGCCAACACUGGAGGAGAGACCGGAGGAAGCGACUCUGCAAAAGGCUUCACUCAAGACCAGGUUGAAGGUGUGCAGAGAAUAAAGCGGUGUAAGGACUAUUACGAAGUUCUUGGUGUCAACAAGGAAGCCAACGAUGACGAGCUGAAGAAGGCCUACAGGAAGCAAGCGCUCAGGUUCCACCCCGACAAGAACCACGCACCCGGAGCAACAGGGGCCUUCAAAAAGAUCGGCAAUGCGUACGCCGUGCUCAGCAACCCCGACAAACGGCGGCAGUACGACCUGACGGGUGGGGAGGAGCCGAGCAGCCGCAGCCAGUCGCACAGAGGAGGCUUUGACUUCCACCGGGGCUUUGAAGCUGACAUCACACCUGAGGACCUCUUCAACAUGUUCUUUGGAGGUGGCUUCCCCUCCUCUACUGCACAUACGUUCACCAACGGGCGGACGAGCUACAGCCAUCAGACGGACUCCAGACAGGAGAGGACCGAGGAAAGGGGAGACGGCGGUUUUUCAAUGUUCAUCCAACUGAUGCCCAUUGUGGUCUUGAUUUUAGUAUCAAUACUGAGCCAGAUGAUGGUGUCUCCUCCACCCUACAGCCUCUAUUCUAGACCGUCCACGGGUCAGACUGUGAAACGGCAGACGCAGAACCUGCGCGUCGACUACUACGUCACCCGCGACUUCCAGUCGGAGUUUAAAUCCUCGGCUGUGCAUCAGAUCGAGAAGAACGUCGAAGACGACUACGUGACUAACGUUAGAAACAACUGCUGGAAAGAGAGGCAGACAAAAACGGACCUGCUUUAUGCUGCGAAGGUGUACAGGGACGACCGGAUGCGCAAGAAGGCCGAGCUCAUGACCAUGGACAACUGCAAAGAGGUGGACAGACUAAACCACCUGUUCAGAGGCGGAUAGAUGAGAAUCAUUUUCAAGUUUGUAAAUAUAUGAAUAGAUUUCUAUGUUGUUUAUUUUAAGAAAGAGAUUUUUCAUUAGGAGAAGUGUUUAGGUCAGAAAAAGUCCCCCACAUCUUCCUGCUGAACCAUUCCCCUUCACUGAGCUGCUGCGUCGUCUCGAACCGUCCACACGUUGUCGGACUCUUCCACACUUUCUUCUUCUUCUUCUUUCGUCUGUGCUUUUCUACAACAAGAAGGACAAGAACACUAAAGAUGUGCUUCAAGAACUGGAGGGGCCUUCUGCACAAGAACAAACAUUUCUGAAGAUCCAGCAAACCGAAUCUGUUCAUGCAUCGUUUGCUGGUUGUUCUGGUCCGUGUGAGCUCCUCUUCCAGUCCAGCGUGUCCCGUGAAGAAAGACCAGAAGGAAUCAAAGAAUGAAGAAGGCUUCUUGACUCGACAUGAGAAGCAUUCCUCCUGAAAGAACGUGUCUCUCCUGCAUAAUGUGAAGCUGCCUGGGACUGAACAUGAUGAAACUGUUGGUCAUAAACGGUUGUACAUUUUUAUUUUUCAAUGUUUGAACUUAUUGCACCUAUUUAAAAGAAACAAGUUUCUCUACAUUGCUCGACUAAUCAUUUAAAUAAAGUAAACUGGAACCUGAAAUCAAACAU